CGCGGGUUCGCUGCGGCGCCGCAAUGGCGGGGGUGUUCGACAUCGACCUGGAGACCGAGGAGGGAAGCGACGGGGAAGAGUCCGAGCUGGGCGCCGAGAUGGAGGUGGAGCCCCGGGGGAACGGCCUGGAGCCUGUGGGGCACUACGAGGAGAUAGAAAUCUCAGAGAACAGCGUCAACAACGGCCCGGAGCAAAUCGGGCCCCACUGCUUCGAGCUGCUGCGCGUCCUGGGCAAGGGCGGCUAUGGCAAGGAAGUUUGCCCCCCCCCCGUCCUGCAGGUCUUCCAGGUGCGCAAGGUACAGGGCACCAACACAGGGAAGAUCUUCGCCAUGAAGGUGCUGAAGAAGGCCAAGAUUGCCUGCAGUGCCAAGGACACAGCGCACACGCGGGCUGAGAGAAACAUCCUGGAGGCCAUCAAACACCCCUUCAUCGUUGACCUCAUCUAUGCCUUCCAGACGGGCGGCAAGCUCUACCUCAUCCUGGAGUGCCUCAGUGGUGGGGAGCUCUUCAUGCAGCUGGAGCGUGAGGGCAUCUUCCUGGAAGACACCGCCUGCUUUUAUCUCAGUGAGAUCACACUGGCGCUGGGCCACCUGCACUCUAACGGCAUCAUCUACCGUGAUCUCAAGCCAGAAAACAUCAUGCUCAACAGCCAGGGUCACAUCAAGCUUACAGACUUCGGUCUCUGCAAGGAGUCCAUCCAUGAUGGAGCAGUCACCCACACCUUCUGCGGCACUAUCGAGUACAUGGCCCCGGAGAUUCUGGUGCACAGUGGGCACAACCGCGCAGUGGACUGGUGGAGCCUGGGUGCCCUGAUGUAUGACAUGCUCACCGGAUCGCCCCCAUUCACAGCAGAGAACCGCAAGAAAACCAUUGACAAGAUCCUGAAGGGGAAGUUGGUGUUGCCACCCUACCUGACACCCGAUGCACGUGACCUGCUCAAGAAGUUCCUCAAGCGCAACCCCAGCCAGCGCAUUGGUGGGGGACCGGGAGAUGCAGCCGAUGUGCAGAAGCAUCCCUUCUUCCGGCACAUCAACUGGGAGGAGCUGCUGGCACGCCACCUGGACCCUCCCUUCAAACCCUGUUUGCAGUCGGAGGAGGAUGUCAGCCAGUUCGACGUCCGCUUCACACGCCAGACCCCCGUGGACAGCCCCGAUGAUGCCAUCAUCAGUGAGAGUGCCAACCAGGCCUUCCUGGUACGGGGUGGAUGCACAGGGAGAGGUGUCCCGCUGCCCCCUCGCCCCGCCCUCUGCCAUUCCCCUCCUCCAGGGCUUCACCUAUGUGGCCCCCUCAGUGCUGGAGAGUAUCAAGGAGGGCUUCUCCUUCCAGCCUAAGGUGCGCUCCCCCCGCCGCCUCAACAGCAGCCCCCACACCCCAGUCAGCCCGGUCAAGUUCUCCCCGUUCGAGCCCUUCAGGUCUGCAGAGCCCAUGGAGCUGGGGCUGGGGGGCGGCACCCCGCCCGAGGCCACGGCC